AAGAAAUAACAAAAUUUAACUCUCUAAGGAUGGAUGGAUGUUCACGAAAAUUGUCUAAGUCUUUUAUGUAUGAAGAAAUAGAUUGUAUUUUACAUGUCAUAUGGCAGUUACAGAUUUUUUCUUCACUUGCUAGUAAUUAUAGAGCAUUCGAUUUUAAAGCACGUAGUAGAUGA